UUUAACUGGGAAGCACAAGGAAUACACUACUCCAACCUCGGUGUACUUUCCCUUCGCAAUUUAGUCAGCUAAAGCAACUACCUCAUGAGUCGGUAUUGCCGGAUCUCGGUAAUCCGACAUGGCUGGCCCCUUGCUCUCCUGGUCGGACAAAGCGCUCCGACUCCUCCAACGAAUGGAUAAUUUUUAUCUUCCAGGCUCCAGUCUUGUUCACUGCUUGAGGUUUGAGGUGGAGGGGGUGCAGGUGGGAUGGGUGCCUCCGAAGGUGGCAUCUAUGUUGAGCAGCUUUCCUAAGGUUUUUACUCCACCUCAUGGGGGCGCAAUAGCACUGUGCCCCAGUCUAGACUCCUACCGGAAGAGGUCGGAGGCUGUACACUCUGUACUGCAGACCCUGCGGGAUAUGGACAGCUUCACUUGCCUAAGGGGAUGGAGAGAGGAGAAGUAUGAAGUAAUGCCCAGAUUCUGUGACACUCCACUAAUGUCUAUGGAGAGAGCAGCAACCAGCCUGUUUGGAGUGAAGCGGUACGGGGUCCAUUUAAAUGGUUACAGGCGGGGUGAAGAUGGGACACUCAGCAUGUGGUUGGCACGACGAUCCCUCAGCAAACAGACCUACCCUGGGAGACUGGACAACCUGGCAGCUGGCGGGCUCGCAACUGGGAGCAGUGUGAAACAAACCCUGAUUAAAGAGUGCCAGGAAGAAGCAUGUAUCCCUGCAUGCAUUGCUGAGGCUGCACAUCCUGUUGGCACAGUCAGUUACACCUAUGAGGAUGAGGAAGGGGUGUUUCCAGAGAGCCAGUUUGUGUUUGAUCUGGAACUGCCCCAUGACUUCCAGCCUCAAAUUGGUGAUGGAGAGGUGCAGGACUUCUACCUCUGGCCCAUAGACCAGGUGAAGGAUGUCAUAGUGACUGAUGACUUCAAGCCCAAUAGCGCCAUGGUGGUUCUUGAUUUCCUGGUCAGACACUCCUUCAUACAGCCAGACACAGAGCGGUUUUAUCAGGAGUUUGUGACUGGACUGCACAGACGUUUAUGAAGACAAACAAGAGGAAUGAAUAUACACCCAAAAGCAAAGAAACGACUCUAGUUGUCUGGGCCCACAGAGUCUGUGUGAACUUUAAAACGAUGAGCAUUUGUUUUAAUUUCAGGCCAUGUAUAUCUACCACCAGUGUUGUUAAUAUUUAUGUAUAAAUAUGUAUCAAACAGAAUCAAGGUCUUUGGAUUUACAAGUGGGGAAAAAUAUGCUUUGCAGAAAAAAGUGUUACAAUAAACUGGUAAUGUCAGCCUCUCCUGUAUGCUGUACAUAAUUUUUUAAUGAAAAAAUAAAACAUGAAAUG